GGAGACACGCACUAUGCUGGAGACUGUUUGAAGCCGCGAUGGGAGUUAACGCAUCCAAGUUUCUAGACUUCUUGUUCUUACCAGCGUCGUUGCACUAAACAAAGACUUUGGGUUUCUGUUGUUUUCUCUCUCGCUCGCUCGCUCUCUCUAAGGGGAGGUUGUCUGCAUUUCUGUCCUAGGCGUUUCUUGCACAGGAUGUUGAUGAUAUUGGAAAGCCGGGUAAGAUCAUAAAGUCAGUUCUCUCUGAUGAGAACGACCUCCUCCUCUCCACCACCACCACCACUACACAAAGGGAACCACGGAACAAGUACUUUUUCGUUCCCUCUCACGGGAUCAUUUUUAUUUGAUUUUUUGUGAAUGUCAUUAAGAAGCAGAGGGGGCUCUUUCAAAGACAAAAUGGAUCACUUUGCAGCAGAGUGCCUUGUUUCAAUGUCCAGUCGUGCAAUUGUUCAUGCUCCUAAAGGGAAUAGGGAGAUUAAACCAGAAAUCCCAUCCUCCUCCAAGAACGGGGAGGAAAUUAAGGAGCCUUUGGUGAAGGAUAACUCCUCUCUUUUUGUGGUGGCGCGGAUUCUGGCGGAUUUUAACCAGCAGACUCCCAACAGUGUUGCCGAGCAGGCAAAAAUAAAGGAUGAGAGCAUGCCGAACCUUAGAGAUGAUGGAAAAUCUGCCACACCUUCCACCAUCUCCGAUCCUUCGCUCAAACAAAGAGGCAAAAAACCGAGGGGACGAACUGAGCAAGAGCCGCCUCAGAAAAAGCACAAAUGCCACUAUUCAGGUUGUGAAAAAGUUUAUGGCAAAUCAUCCCACCUCAAAGCCCACCUAAGGACACACACAGGAGAACGGCCUUUCCCAUGCACCUGGCCCGACUGCAUUAAGAAGUUCGCCCGCUCUGAUGAGCUGGCCCGCCACUACCGCACCCACACGGGGGAGAAGAAGUUCGGUUGCCCCCUUUGCGAAAAGCGCUUCAUGCGCAGCGACCACCUGAUGAAGCACGCCCGGCGACACUCAGAUUUCCAGCCAGGAAUGCUGAAAAGACCCCACGGCGGCAGCUCCACACGUCCCAGCUCCCUCAGCGACUACAGCCGCUCAGAUGCCUCCAGCCCCACCCUCAGCCCAGCCAACUCGCCUUAAACUGAAACCCGGUCGCACUUUUCUGCCUCGAGACUGUGAGGCCCGUGUUUUCAUCAUAACACUUUUGUUGCACAGUUGUCAGCUACCCCCCUUCCCCACCCUCCCCUUUGCUAUUUCUGCGCUUGCUGUGGUGUACCAUAAUGUACAUAACUGCUUAUUGUAGUGCAAUUACUUGCGUGAUCCUAAAAGAAGAUAAUGCCUUUCCCAGAUGGCAAUAUCUGCAUUCAGUCUGUGUGUUUUUUUGGCUUCUGAUCACGGCUACUUGUUAAAUGUACGGUCGCAGUCAGCUAAACAAGGUCUAGAA